CUGCACCUGAGGGGCGUCUGAGCAGGAGUCAGCUGAUUCCUUGACAGCUGAACCCUUGACAGCCGAUUAAAAGGAAAUAUUUGGAAUGACAUAAGUAAGCUCUAAGUAAGCAUGAAGAUGGGUCAGCAUCAGCAUGUUAUCCCCCUACUGCCAGCAGACCAGAACAGGAUAUCUACUGUAAACAACUGUGUGGAUGUUCUCCUUCAUCUCGAGAAAGUUGUUGACGAUGUUUUUAAUUCCAUAACAUCAAGACUUAAUGAAACAACAGUUCGUUUACAGGACUUGAAACAAAGGGCAGCUAAUGCUCAAGCCAAGGUAGAUAAACUAACUGGGGCUACCAAGGCAACACAGGUGUUUUCAAGUGCUCAGUACCCUGGAGGAGAGAAAUAUGUGCCUUCUACUCCACUUCAUAAAGGAGAAAAUCCCAUAGAAUUUGUCUCCACCCCACUGAAGAUAAAGGAAGGCUUUGUACACAAUUCAGAAGCUUUGCAGGAAAAGCUACAGUUCUACCAUGUACGGGAGAGGCGUGGAGCUUCAGGAAAGAUAAAGGGCCUGGAGGAUACAAAACAGGAAGAUGGCCUAGGGAGACUACCACCCCACCUUUCGUCAGUCUCCUCCCUGCUUCUGUAUAACACAACCCAUAAUCCCUACAAAAAGUAUAUGGUGCUGGAUCCCCUUGGUGUGGUGUCUGGUACUCGUGGAGAAGGAUCAAGGAGCAGAUCUGACACUACAAAUUCUGGGCCUACUUUGCAUGAUGCACCAGCAACGUUGCAGGAUGGAGAUCAAGGGCUAAUUGCAAAGGAUGAGUACCAGUACCUCCCAGAUUUAUCAGACCUCCCUGAUCUAGAUCUGCCCAUGGAAUUACCCUCGCUCCCCGGUAUUGCUAAUGAUCUCCUCUAUGAUGCUGAUAUUGGACCAGCAAUAGCACCAUCAGUUGGAAUGCCUGAUCUACCAACAUUUUCCUUGGAAGGACCAGACACACAAGUUACAGCAGCAUCCACUUCCCUAGAGCCUCCUCCACCACCUCCACCAGAUGUGAACUCAAACACUCAGCCUCCACCUCCACCACCCCCAGCCAUCACUUCUCAGCCUCCAGCGCAGAUGCCACCUGAUGGUAGUAGUGUUGCUUCACCUCCACCACCUCCACCCGCUCCCCCUGCGAGUGGAGCACCACCUCCUCCUCCACCGCCACCUCCUCCUCCGCCACCUCCUCCACCUCCUCCAGCUCCAUUAGCAACCGCUCCCGGGGACACUAGUGGAGAAUCAGCAGCGCCAAAGGGCGUUCCUGAGGCGGUGACAACUGAUGCCCGCAGUAACCUCAUGAAAGCUAUCCAGGAAGCAGGCGGGGCAGGAAAAGCCAAACUUCGCAGCAGCAAAGAGAGGAAAAAGGAGACCAAGAAGAAGGAGGCUACUCCAGCAGCAGCUUCAGGUGGUGGUGACCUCAUGAGUGAUCUCUUCAACAGACUAUCCCAAAGACGGAAAGGUAUAUCAGGAGCCCCAAAACCUGUGACUGAUGAAGGAAAGAAUCCAGGAAGAACUGAGGGUUUGUCAACAAUGGAGAAGAUGGCGGCAAUCAUACCUCCACCACCUCUUAGUGAGAACAACGAAGAGGAAAAUAAUGCAAGCGACGGAGACUGGGACUAAUAGGCUUAUGGCUAAUUAGAUCACUGACUUUGGAUAGGGGGUCAUUUGUGAAUAUGCAGAUUUAUAUUAUAUUUAUACUGAUGAUAUGAAUGUGAUGUAUUCAUGUAUGGAUUAGAAUAUACGAAACAAAUGUGAUAUAUUUUAUUGCAGAAAAUCAUUGCUAGCUGGAUUUUGAACCACUGAUUCUUACCUGUUUCAAUAUUUUUUCAUAUUUAUAUUUAUUUAUUUAAUAUUUAUUUUAUUUUAUUUAUUUUGUUUUUUUUGUUUAAU